AUGAGGUACGCGAAUUCACUUGCCUCGUGCCCUCCCUAUGCCCACAUCGCUCAGGAACGCACCCUCCUUGCCAAACUUCUUCGUGAAGAAUUCAUCCUCCGUUGCGUGGCGCCUCACGAAGUUCAGAGCGAGUUCACCUCGCACGAGUUCAACAAGGAUGGCAAACUAGUGCUACAGAACGCCAGGUACAAGACCCGCGUUCGCGCCAGUCAAACCACCCGUGUCGUCGUCAACUACACCAACAACGAGAGCUCCUUCGGUCGCGCCACCAAGACCCACGGUCGCCGCUCCGAGAUCAAGCUCAAGCACAAGAGCGGAGACCGCACCAUCUCCAGCAUCUCCGUCAUCGGCGCGCAGUCCCGCACCAACGCCGAGCGCGCGCGCGACGAGUUUGUCCUCGACGUGUGCUGCGGUCGCAAGCCCGGGCUGCAGAGCUUUGCCUUCAUCCGGCAUAUGUUCUUUCCUGUCGCGGAGGAGCUGGCGGGGGAGGUGCCGGUGUCGUUGCAGAGGAGGGAGAUUUAUGGGCUGAACUUGAGCCAGAGCGAGGUGGUAGCGGGGAUGGUGCACUCGCCGAGGCCGUGUACGGUGGUGCAUGGACCCCCGGGGACGGGGAAGACGAAGACGAUCUCGGCGGCGGUGGAGGUAUGGGCGAAGCAUGGGAAGCCGACGUGGGCGGUCGCACACUCGAACGUCGCGGUCAAGAACAUCGCGGAAGGUGUCGCGCGACGCGGUGUCGACUUCAGGCUCAUCGUCUCGCAGGACUUCUACGUCGAAUGGCACGAAGCCCUCUACGAAGCCAUCGAAAACAAGCUCAUCCGCUCGGACGAGUUCCCGGCGACUACUCGCGAGCUUAAGAUGAUGAUGGGCGACGCCUGCGUAAUACUCUCGACAGUCAGCAUGUUGUCGAACCCGAAGCUGCACCAGCUGCGAAUGUUCACCGACGUGAUGCCCGUCGAGCGGCUGGUCAUCGACGAGGCGUCGCAGAUCAAUGUGUUCGAGUUUAUGGUAAGUUUAUCCGCACCCCUGUGCGCGAAGUUCAGCAGACUGACAAAGAUAUGCUUCUUUGGGGAUCCUAAGCAGCGUAGGUAUCCUCUCAAAACGCGCACUUAUCCUGUACUGACCCUCCUUGCAGUCCCUCCGUACGGCAAGGACGACGCCACCACAAUCCAAUGCAUCUUCGACCUGUCGCAUCUGAACAGGUAUUCCCAUUUCUUGGACACUCAAUAUCGCAUGCCCAACCCAUUGGGCAACUUUAUCUCGCGCUUCGUCUAUGGCGGUCGACUGAAAUCGGAACACCGCAUCGACGACUACUCGUGCAUCACCUUCGUCGACGCGCGCAAGCACGGCGGGGAGGAGAAUCAGGGGCGCAGCAAGAUCGUGAGUUCUGAGGUGCUGCCGUGUACAGAUCGCUGA